AUGGCCGACCUCCCCCCCGAACUGUGGGACGCCACCGCCGUCGCCUCCUUCCUCGCCACCGCCGCCAUCCUCCUCGCCGCCUCCCUCGCGUCCGCCUCCGCGUUGCCCGCGACCACCUCCCCCCCGCUCCGCUUCCUCUUCGCCUGGCACCUCGCCGACGCGCUGUGCCACUUUCUCCUCGAGGGCGGCUUCCUCUACCACUGCUUCUUCUCCCACGUGCGCCGCGACGCCGCCGCCGCCGCCGCCGCCGCCGACCUCGCGAGCCUGUUCCCCACGCCCUACAACUUCCUGGGCUGGGGGGCCGAGCGCAUCUACGGGCCGCAGAGCGGCGGGGACAGCCCCCUCGCGCAGCUGUGGAUGGUGUACGCCAGGGCGGACAGGCGCUGGGCGGGGGUCGAUCUCGGCGUCGUCAGUCUCGAGCUUCUUACCGUCUUCUUCGCUGGCCCGGUUGCCUGCCUCGUCUGCUACUUGAUCAGGAAGCAGAGCCCCAAGGCGUGCUUUUGGAUGAUUGUCCUGGCCACGGCUGAGCUGUACGGAGGCUUCAUGACGUUUUGCCCCGAGUGGCUCACGGGCAAUCUGAAUCUGAACGGCAGCAACUUCAUGUACAUGUGGGUGUAUCUGGUCUUUUUCAACGGUCUUUGGGUCGUCGUUCCCCUGUACGCCAUUUGGUACUCGUACGGCCAGAUUUGCAAUGCGUUUGCUGCCCAGGCUGCGAGGAAGGACCUUUAA